CUCAACAUCACCCCGGAGCAGUUCUCCCGGCUGCUGCGGGACCACAACCUGACCCGCGAGCGGUUCAUCGCGCUGUACGGGCUGCGGCCGCUCGUCUCGGUCCCCGAGCUGCCGGCGCGCGCCAAGCUGGCCCUGGUGCUGGCCGGCGGGCUCAUCUUCGCGCUCGCGCUCCUGGGCAACGCGCUGGUGGUCUACGUGGUGGCCCGCAGCCGCGCCCUGCGCACCGUCACCAACAUCUUCAUCUGCUCCCUGGCGCUCAGCGACCUGCUCAUCGCCUUCUUCUGCAUCCCGGUCACCAUGCUCCAGAACGUCUCGGACACCUGGCUGGGGGGUGCAUUUGUCUGCAAGAUGGUGCCAUUCGCCCAGUCCACAGCUGUGGUGACUGAGAUCCUUACCAUGACCUGCAUCGCCGUGGAGCGGCACCAUGGGCUCGUGCACCCCUUCCGCAUGAAGUGGGGGUACACCAACCGCAGGGCAUUCACCAUGCUAGGUGUCGUCUGGCUGGUGGCCAUCAUCGUUGGAUACCCCAUGUGGCAUGUGCAGCGACUUGAGAUCAAGUAUGACUUCUUAUACGAAAAACACCACGUGUGCUGCUUGGAAGAGUGGGCCAGCCCUGUGCACCGGAAAGUGUACACCACCUUCAUCCUUGUCACCCUCUUUCUCCUGCCUCUGCUGGUGAUGCUCAGCCUAUACAGCAAAAUCGGCUAUGAACUCUGGGUCAAUAGGAGAGUGGGGGAUAGCUCGGCGCUUCGAACCAUCCAUGGGAAAGAGGUGUCAAAAAUAGGCAGGAAGAAGAAGCGGGCUGUCAUCAUGAUGGUGACAGUGGUGGCCCUCUUCGCGUUGUGCUGGGCUCCUUUCCACAUCGUGCACAUGAUGAUGGAGUACAGCAAUUUUGAACAGGAAUAUGACGAGGUCACGAUCAAGAUGGUUUUUGCCACUGUGCAGAUAAUUGGGUUUGCCAACUCCAUCUGCAACCCCAUGGUCUAUGCGUUUAUGAAUGAAAACUUCAAAAGCACCUUCUUAUCCAUCGUUUGUUACUGCACUGUGAGGGAGGCCCUCUCUCCGGCACGAAGACGUGGAAACUUGGUAAUGGCCAUGACGCAGAAGAGAGCCGUGUUUGGCCAGAGAGAGAACGCGGUGGAGGAGACCAAGGGAGAGGCUUUCAGCGACGGCAACAUCGAAGUCAAGAUGUGCAACCUGCCAGAGGAGAAGCAGCACCCCAAAUGAGCUCCCCGAUCUCGUCCUGAACUCCUGAGAAUUCUGCUGUGGGCAUUCAUUUUCACAGUGUCUCCAUGAUUAAUGUCAUUCACAUCUUAAUCUGAAAGUUAUUUUGCGCAAAGGUCAAAGACUUUUUUCCUUCAUAGAAUGAAGAAAAGGAGGAACCUUAAGUUCCUUUUUCAUAGAAAUUUGA